AUGGUAACUUCAGAAGAUUCAGUUCAAAUCGAACAACCACCACAAUUGCAAGUUGAGGAGAAUUCGGAUUCCGAAAAUGAGAAAAUCCAGGUAAAAAUUUGAAUUUGAGUUUUUUUUUGCGCGCGCCACACAUUUUUCGGCCGCGCGUGUUUUUUAAAUUCCAUUUUUUUCAUUUCAAUUUUUCUGCAAAAAAUAAUAUUUUCGAUACAUUUCCGAUUCUGAUUACGAUUUCGCAGUCUGAUUUUAGUUAGCUCAACUCUGAAAUUGAGCUAUGACAAAGCGAAUCGCUUCAAUAAAGUCUGAAUAUUCAGUCUUGGUUUUCUAUAUUUCUGAUUUUAUACACGUCAUAAAUUUUUCGUAUUUUGAGGGAAAUUUGAACAUUGUUCGUUAUUUUUGUACUUGGAAACCUCUAUAUUCGUCACGAGAUCGAAAAAGUCAUCAUUCGGAGCAUUUUUCGGUUUCCGAUAAUUAGGCAAAGCCCCAGAGAUUUCAAGUGCAACAAUGAUUCAAAUUUUGUCACGUCAUAACUUUUUUUUGAGUUCGCCAAUGUUAACUAGGAUUAACAGCUGAAAAAUCACUAAAAAUACAUGUAGUUACCCAAAAAAAAUUUUCAUUUUUCAAUUUUCCAGCAAUUGAAAGCCGAAAAUCGACUACAAAAUGAGAAAGAAGAUGAACUAACGAAUGGAAAUGCUGAAAAUGGAGAGGAAAAUGGGCACAAAGAAGUAGAAGAUCAAGCUGAAAAUAAUGGGGAACCAAUGGAAACUGCACAAACUGAAAACCACAAAGAGGAAGACGAAGAAAUAGAAAAAAUUGAAGAAUCUAAAGGAGAUCAAGAAGCAUCAACAUCGACAUCAAAUGGAAAUGGUACAUCGAAUGGAUCUGGAACAAAACGAGCUGUUGAAUGUAUAGAUCUUGAUGAUGACGAUGAUGAUGAUAUUGAAGAAGUUGCUAAAGAACCUGUUACAAAAAAGUUCGUUUGACUUUUGAAUUUUUUCCUGAAGUGUUUGCUAAUUUACACACACAGGCAAUCCGCGAAGGAUCCUUUAAGGACGCUUAAAGGACCGUUCAUCCUUUUAGCGGCCUUUUUUCAUCCUUAAAUUUCAAAGGAUGAAAAAGUCCGGAAAAAGGGAGGUCCAAAAUGGGCUCAUUUCAUGCUCGUAGUGAUAAUAAAUUGAUGUCCCACACUCAAAACACUGAAAUUAAAUGAUAUAAUCAUGAAACAAUACAAAAUUCCAACAAAAAUGUAACACUAAAAAAGUAUCCUUUAAGUGAGCUUUAAGCGUACUUGAAACGAUCCUUUAAGGAAGGCAAGCUCCGCCCCCUACACAAAAAAUAACAGCGCGCGCAGCUCGCCACAUGUCCGUCAUGCAGAUUAUAUAAAUAAAUCUUCUUUGCAAAAAAGGCAAUGCAGAUUUCUUUCGCAUAAGUCUGUAUUUAAUUAUAGUUUCGAACUUCUAUUUUUGCUUAUCAUCUGUACAACAGAUUUAUCACCAAAAUUUUCUAAAAUUUAAUAAAAGGUCCAUUUUUGAUCCAUCCUUAAACCGUCCUUAAAUCGAGCUUUGCGAUGUACUUAAAGCCCCCUUUUUUGCAAAAUGAAAGGAUCCUUAAAGCGUCCUUAAAGGAUCCUUCGCGGAUUGCCUGUGCAAUGUUCUAAGAUGAAAAAUCAAAUUUUUUAACUUGGGCUGAACAAAAUUAUUCGAUUAAGAUUAUAUUAUUUUUAUUCUUACUUACUUUCAACCUAAAUUCUCACAUCUUAAUUUUUUCCAGAGCCAAGACUUCUGAUGACGAUGAUAUUCAGGAAGUGAAAGAGAUUCCCAAAAAAGAAGAAGAUAGUCCUCAAUUGACAAGCUCAGAAAAGUUAUUAGAUCGAUUGCAAGAAUAUGUUGGUGAAGCGAUUGCUUCAGGAACUGCUGUAAAUCGAAAAGUUCUUGAUGCACUCCUUGGCGCAAUUAAUUUGCAAGUUCAAAAAGAGCCACACAGUGUCAGAAAAUUGAUUCUCGAGAAACAAUUGGUUCUUCCUAAUACUAUAUCUUUUCCACCAAGUCAAACAGUUGAUAUGUUGAUUGAACAUGAUCCAGAUUUCCCGCUGACUAAAGUGAUCAAUAAAAUGUUUGGAGAUGAGAGACCAAGAUUGAGUGAUGCUGAAAAGAAAGAUCGAGCUUAUCUGAAAUCAAAUAUGCCUGCUCCACACAUGACAAAAAUGUUGAUGGACAUUGGACAGGAUUUGGUGCAAGAAUCAACGUAUUCUGAUAUUGUGCAUGCUCGAAAUCUCCCAGAGCCUCCCAAGAAUUUCGACACUUAUAAACAAGUUGCUCUUCAAUUGAAACCAGUUUGGGAGACUUUGAAAAAGAAAAAUGAGCCAUACAAGAUGAAAUUACGCAAGUGUCACGUAAGCGAUUUUUUUUUUGAAAAUUUUGUUUUUUGUUAAAAAUUUCAUUUCAUUUUUUCAGUUAUGUGGCUUCCAAACUGAAUCCGGAUUGGUUUUGACAAAUCAUUGGGCUACACUUCAUUUCAUCGGCAAUAAAUAUCAAUGUGCAUAUUGUAAGGAAUUUGAUACAAAUGAGCAGCGAAUGAAGGAGCAUUAUUUGUGAGUUUUUUUGAAAAAAGAAUUCGGGAUUUUUUUUCUAGAAUAUAAGUAAUUUUUUCUUUUAAAAAAUAUGGAUCAUAACACAAAAACUUACCAAAUCCGUAUUUCCAGUAACUCUCAUCUUAUCAUUGCUAACUCUGACGACAAAGAAUCCAAAUAUCCAUGCGCGAUUUGCGACGAAGAUUUCCAAUUCAAAGGUGUUCGCGAUCAACAUCUCAAACAAUGUAAAAAAGACUAUAUUCGCGUCAAACACAUAAUGAUGCCGAAACAAGAUGAUUUCUUGGUGAUAAAUAGAUGGCUUUGGGAAAAACCGCCAGUUGAUCCAAGUAUUCUUCAACAACAACAAAAUCAAUUGAAAAAGCAGCAACAGAAUCAACAACAACAAGUUGCAGCUCAACAACUUCAGAAUCUCCGAAGGCAGCAACAACAAAUGCAAGUUGUUCAACAACAACAACUUUUGCUGCAACAAAAACAACAGCAACAGAGACAGAUUCAGCAAAUGGCACAACUUAUGCAAAGCAAAAUGGGAAAUACAAACCUUCUCGCUGCAAUGACUGCACAACUUCGUAAAAAUGGCGGAGCGAAUACAGCAUUGUUGGCAGCGAAUUUGCAAAAAUUACAAGCUAGCACAUUGGCAGCCGCAAAAACCAGCGGAACGACUGCGAUGCAAGCUGCAGUUGCUGCUGCAUCUUUGAAGGCGAAAAAUGUGUUGGCAGCAAAGACUGCGAAAUCGAAUGCGGCUUCGAGUUCGGGAGGAGCGAAUUCGCAGAAUUGCGAGAUUUGUGAUACAAUGGUUGCUGAUAAGGAACGAUAUUUGGGGCAUUUGCAGGUUAGUUUUUUUUAAAGUUUGAAGUUUGAGUCUUUGAAGAAAUUUGCUAUAAAAAAGCCUAGUUAAUUUUCAGUUCUUUCUGAACCAAAAUGUUUCGAGAAAAUUUAUUAAAUUGAAAAUUCGUAUUAAAGUUUUCCAUCAGAUAUUUUUUCAAUAAUGAAAUGAUAGAAAAUAAAAAAAAUCACGUUCUCAAAAGAUUUCUCUAUUUCCUUUUAAUUCCCUAACAAUGAAUAAAUUAUUUUCCAGAGCUCGCACAAACAAAUGUCCGGAAAAACUGUUCAAGACAUGUCACAAGGUGCACCAUUGGCCUGUAGUCGAUGCCGUGAUCGAUUCUGGACUUAUGAAGGAUUGGAAAGACAUUUGGUCAUGUCACAUGGUUUGGUAACUGCUGAUUUAUUGCAAAAAGCUCAAAAGAAGGAAGAUGGUGGACGGUGUAAAUUGUGUGGAAAGGUUGGUUGUUUAUUUUUGUUUUGAAAAUUUUGCUCAAGAAAUUAUGUAUGAAAAUGUUUUCUGGAAAACCCGAAAAUCAGAAAAUAAAUCUUUGUCAAUUAAUUUUUGAAAAAUCUAGAAAUAAAAAAAAUAUUUUCAAAUGGUGCAACAGUUCAAAAAUCUUUUGAGAAAUUUUCGCCCAAAAAUUUUUCGUCAAAUUUUUACAUCAGAGUUUUGCCACGUAUUUUCUGAGUCCCAAAAAAUCUAGAAAUAUUUAAAUUUACUAUACAAAAAUGUCAGGAUUGCCACGUGGAUUUUGAGUCUUAAAAAUGUUACUGUUGAUAAUUAAAUUUUUUAUUCCGCCAGUACUACAAAAUUUUUGAAAUUCUAAAUUUUCCCAUUUUUUAGCAAUACGCCUUCAACAUGCUCCAACAUUUAGUUGCCGAUCAUCAAGUCAAACUUUGUUCUGCCGAAAUAAUGUAUUCAUGUGAUGUAUGUGCCUUUAAAUGUACAAGUUAUCAAACUUUGGAAUCGCAUUUGUCAACAAAUCAUCCAAAAGGAUCAACGCCAGCUGCAGCGGUAAGAAUUUAGUUCUAAAUUCGUAAUUAAUUUUUUUUUAAUUUAAUUUUUUCAGCCUAAAAAGAAAGCGGAUGAUUGCAUCACCUUGGACGAUUAA